CACUCCCAAUUUCUCCGCACAGCAGAUCAUUACAAUUUCAAUUUGUAAAACGUUAGACCAUCCUCUCCUCUGUCUCUCUACGCGAAACAAAAAUAGAAACGAAAACGUAAGUGUAGCCCUCUUUUGCUUCAUAUAUUACAUCGAUGGAGGUAGCAGCUAAAUGCUGUCUGUCUCUAGUACUUUAUCUUACCCCUUUAGAGGUUCACACCGUUCUGGCUCUCGAAUCCUUCUCUUUUGAUCGAUUAUGAAGUGAAUCGAUGCUUAUCAAGCAAUUCUCUUCAUUUUUAAUCUACUAGAAGCUGUUUCUCGCUCCAAACUUUAUCAAUCCGUGAGUCAUUGAAGCAUGUGCAGUGGUCCCGAGAAAUCGGCUGAAUCACCCUCCACUUCCACUCCAUCAACUGUAGAAAACUCUUCUAUUACCGAAGAGAUGAAUUAUCUAACCGUAGAAACAGAAGAUUCUUUCUCUAGCUUACUUGAACUUGCUGCUAACAAUGAUGUCGAAGGCUUCAAGAGGUUUAUAGAGCAGGAUGCGUCCUCAAUCAAGGAGGUUGGUUUUUGGUAUGGCCGCCAAAAAGGAUCGAAGCAGAUUGUUCUUGACCAAAGAACUCCUCUUAUGGUUGCUGCUACUUAUGGUAGCGUUGAUGUUCUCAAGUUUAUUCUAGACCAUACUAAGGCUGAUGUGAAUCUGUCUUGUGGAAAGGACAAAACCACUGCUCUUCAUUGUGCUACUUCUGGUGGAUCUAUUAAAGUAGUUGACGCAGUUAAGCUGCUAUUAUCAGCAGGUGCUGAUCCUAAUUGCCUCGAUGUCAAUGGAGAUCGACCUGUUGAUGUUAUCGCUGUUCCUCCAAAUCUACAGAGCAUGAAAGUCACUCUUGAAGAGCUGCUCUCAAAAUCUGACUCUGAUGUUUCUGUGGCAGAGCGUGAUUUUAAUGGCUCUGUUGGUGUUUGCAAUUUACGGGUCUCAAUUAGCAAAUCAAAUUCUAGCUCACCAACUCUUUCUUCCUCAUCAGAAAAUGGUUCACCACAUUCUCCCUCUGUGCUGAUUUAUUCUCCAAGGGCCUCAAAGUUUAAUAAUCUGCCCGUCAACUCUACAUCUGAGAGGAAAGAAUAUCCAAUUGAUCCAUCUCUCCCUGACAUCAAGAACAGCAUCUAUGCUACCGAUGAGUUUCGCAUGUUCUCAUUCAAGGUUCGCCCAUGUUCUCGGGCAUACUCACAUGACUGGACUGAAUGUCCAUUUGUUCACCCAGGAGAGAAUGCACGUAGAAGAGAUCCACGAAAGUUCCACUACAGCUGUGUGCCAUGCCCUGAUUUUCGUAAAGGGGCUUGUAGGCUGGGGGAUAUGUGUGAAUAUGCACAUGGGGUCUUUGAAUGCUGGCUUCACCCAGCUCAAUACCGAACCCGGCUUUGCAAAGAUGGCACCAGCUGCAAUAGACAAGUCUGCUUUUUUGCCCAUACUUAUGAGGAGCUCAGGCCCUUGUAUGUUUCUACAGGAUCUGCUAUCCCUUCUCCACGAUCAUCUCAGUCUGCAGCCAGUGUUAUGGACAUGGCUGCUGCUCUGAGUCUCUUGCCUGGUUCCCCAUCAUCCGUCUCAGCGAUGUCCCCUACCCCAUUCAACCAGCCCAUGUCUCCUGCAAAUGGCAUUUCUCACUCGUCCAUGGCUUGGUCACAGCCUAAUGUGCCAACACUUCAUCUUCCAGGAAGCAACCUUCAAUCCAGCCGCUUGAGAUCAUCCCUUAGUGCCCGAGAUAUGCCACCAGAGGAUUUUAAUUUGUUGCCAGACUUUGAUUCCCAACAGCAGAUUUUAAAUGAUUUAUCGUGUUUCUCAGAGUCUCGUAACAAUUCUUCUUUCGGUGUUUCUGGUGUUUCUGGUCGGUCGAAGACACUAACUCCUUCAAAUCUUGAAGAACUGUUUGCUGCUGAAAUGUCUUCUCCUAGGUAUGCUGAUCAAGCAGCUUAUCUCAAUCAAGUGCAACAGCAGCAGAGCAUGUUGUCACCCAUCAGUACAAGUGUGUUCUCCCCAAAAAAUGUUGAGCACCCUCUACUGCAGGCUGUAUUUGGUGUUGGAUCCCCUGGAAGGAUGUCGUCAAGAGUCAUGGAGCCAAUCUCUCCAAUGGGGUCUCGGCUUUCUGCUCUUGCUCAGCGAGAGAAAAAGCAGCAACAGCUGCGAAGCCUCAGCUCAAGGGAUCUGGGAUCCAACCACCCUAUGGCUUCAGUUACUGGAUCUCCUGGAAAUUCUUGGUCCAAAUGGGGAUCCCCUAAUGGAAAAGUAGACUGGUCAGUUCAUGGAGAUGAAUUGGGUCGUUUACGGAGAUCCUCAUCUUUCGAGCUUGGAAACAAUGGUGAGGAGCCUGACCUAUCAUGGGUCCAAUCUCUAGUCAAGGAAUCUCCUCCUGAGAUGCUGAAAGAGAAGUUUGCAAAUCCAGUAUCCAGCACUGCAUCACCUGGCACGGGACUGAAUUCAAAUUCUAGAAUUGAUUCUGUUUUAGAAUCUUGGCUUGAGCAGAUGCAAAUUGAUCAGCAGCAACAGCUUGUAGUCUAGUCAAAGCAAACUGGUGUUUACUCAUGAAGAUAGGGUAUAAGUAUUUUCUCAGAAGUACAUAUUUUUGUUGGAUUUUUUACUGGUGGGGAUGGUCAAGUUGAAGAAGAGAGUAGAAAUCUGGGAAGAGGGGUUGGCGGUAAAGAACUGGCAAUAGGUUUCAGGGAAACCCUUCAAUUUUUUCCCAUUUUGUUAUCUAAAACGAAGUUGGAAGGUUGAAGAAGCUUCUCCGGGCCGUGUUAAGGAAAAGCCAGUGCAGGUUCUCACCCGUUCAACAUUUCUGAUUAGGAUCAUUUUUUGCUUUUAUUACUCUUCAACUGAUUACGUUGGAGAAGGCUAUACAUGGUUUCAUUUUGCCAUGAAACCAUGAGCUCUGUAUCCCUUCAAUAGUCUCAUAAUUUUUCUUAACUAGCAUGUUUUGACACGGUGGAUAAAGAGGGGAGUUGGAAGGACUUUUUCUCAA